GAUCGCCACCGGCACCCACCGGGCCGCUCCGACCCCGCGCCAUGGCGGCCCCGGCCCCCGGCGGGUUCCAGUUCGCCAUCGACCGCGGCGGGACCUUCACGGACGUGUUCGCCCGCUGCCCCGGCGGCCGCGUCCGCGUCCUCAAGCUGCUCUCCGAGGACCCCGCGUACCGGGACGCGCCCACCGAGGGCAUCCGCCGCGUCCUGCAGGAGGAGCUGGGGGUGCCCCUGCCCCGGGACCAGCCCCUGGAUGGAUCGGGGAUCCAGUGGAUCCGCAUGGGCACCACGGUGGCCACCAACGCGCUGCUGCAGCGCCGGGGCGAGCGCGUGGCCCUGGCCGUGACCCGCGGCUUCCGCCACCUGCUGCACAUCGGGACACAGGCACGGCCCCGCAUCUUCGACCUGGAGGUGGCGAUGCCCGAGGUCCUGUACGAGGAGGUGAUCGAGGUGGACGAGCGGCUCAUCCCGGAGCAGCCGGGCUGUCAGCUGCCCGGCAGUGACACCUGGCCCCGGGUGGAAGGCUGCUCUGGGGUGACCCUGCUGGUGCAGCGGCCGCUGGAUCUGGGGGGGCUCCGGCGGGAGCUCGAGGGGGUCCUGGCCCGGGGCAUCCAGAGCCUGGCAGUGCUCCUGCUGCACUCCUACAUGUGGCCGGGACACGAGGAGCAGGUGGGGGCGCUGGCCCGGGAGUUGGGAUUCCGGCAGGUCUCGCUGUCCUCGGCGGUGGCCGGGAUGGCCCGGGCGGUGCCCCGGGGCUUCACCGCCUGUGCCGAUGCGUACCUGACCCCCGGCAUCCGGCGCUACCUGCGCGGCUUCUGCCACGGCUUCGCCGACCAGCUGCGCGGGGUGCGGGUGCUGUUCAUGCGCUCGGACGGGGGGCUCACCCCCAUGGGCAGCUUUGGGGGGGCCCGGGCCAUCCUGUCGGGGCCCGCGGCGGGCGUGGUGGGCUACGCCAGGACCACCUACAACAGCCAGGACGGGACCCCCGUCAUCGGCUUCGACAUGGGAGGCACAUCGACCGACGUGAGCCGCUAUGCGGGGGAGCUGGAGCACGUGUUCGAGGCCACCACAGCGGGGGUCCCCAUCCAGGCCCCCCAGCUCGACAUCAACACCGUGGCGGCCGGAGGGGGCUCCCGGCUCUUCUUCAGGUCCGGUCUGUACGUGGUCGGCCCCGAGUCCGCGGGAGCCCACCCGGGCCCCGCCUGCUACCGCAAGGGGGGUCCCCUGACCGUCACGGACGCCAACCUGGUGCUGGGCCGGCUGCUCCCCGAGUACUUCCCGCGGAUCUUCGGGCCGGGCGAGGACCAGCCCCUGUGCCGGGACACGGCCGUGGCGGCUUUCGGGGACCUGGCGGACACCAUCGCGGCCUUCCAGCGCGGCACUGGGAGCACUGGGAGCACUGGGGACGCUGCCACCGCCUCCGACACCAGCGCUGGCUGCGGCGGCCGCGGCUCCAGCGGCGGCGGCACCGGCUGUGGUGCUGGCGCUGGUGACACCGGCGUCCCCGGUGUCGCCCUCUCGGUGGAGGAGGUGGCCCUGGGCUUCAUCCGGGUGGCCAACGAGGCCAUGUGCCGGCCCAUCCGCGCCCUCACGCAGGCGCGGGGACACGACGCGGCCCAGCACGUGCUGGCGUGUUUCGGGGGGGCCGGGGGGCAACACGCGUGUGCCAUCGCCCGCACCCUCGGCAUGCGCAGGGUCUUCAUCCACAAGCACAGCGGGCUGCUGUCGGCGCUGGGGCUGGCACUGGCGGACGUGGUGCAGGAGGAGCAGGAGCCCUGUGCCCUCCCGUACGGGCCCGACGCCUUCCCCCGGCUGGACGGGCGCCUGCGGGAGCUGGAGCGGCGCUGCCGGGACGCGCUGCGGGAGCAGGGGUUCACCGAGGAGCAGAUCCAGACCGAGUCCUUCCUUCACCUGCGCUACGAGGGCACUGACUGCGCCCUGAUGUGCUCGGCCCGCGGGCACCCGGCACAUCCCGGCUCCUGCCGCGCCGGAGACUUCCUGGCCGCCUUCACCGCCCGGUACCAGCAGGAGUUUGGGUUCACCAUCCCGGGCCGGACGGUGCUCGUGGAUGAUUUGAGGGUUCGCGGCACCGGCAGCACCGGGCAUCUCCGAGACCCCCUGGCCCCCGCAGGGAGCCCCCGGGUCGAGACGGUGACGCGGUGCUACUUCGAGGGGGGGUACCUGGACACCCCCGUGUACCUGCUGGGCGACCUGGGCUGUGACCACACCCUGCCCGGCCCCGCCAUCGUCAUCGACACCAACAGCACCAUCGUGGUGGAGCCAGGGUGCUCGGCCACCCUGACCCCCCUUGGGGACAUCUGCAUCGAGGUGGGCUCGGGGACCCCCCGGCCCCUGGACACCCAGCUCGACCCCGUCCAGCUCUCCAUCUUCUCCCACCGCUUCAUGAGCAUCGCAGAGCAGAUGGGCCGCAUCCUGCAGCGCACGGCCAUCUCCACCAACAUCAAGGAGCGCCUCGACUUCUCCUGCGCCCUCUUCGGGCCCGACGGGGGGCUCGUGUCCAACGCCCCCCACAUCCCCGUGCACCUGGGGGCCAUGCAGGAGGCCGUGCAGUUCCAGAUCCGUAACCUGGGCUCGGAGCUGAGAGGGGACGUGAUCCUGAGCAACCACCCGCGGGCCGGGGGCAGCCACCUGCCCGACCUGACCGUCAUCACCCCCGUGUUCUGGCCGGGUCCCCGGCCCGUGUUCUUCGUGGCCAGCCGCGGGCACCACGCGGACGUGGGGGGCUGCACCCCCGGCUCGAUGCCCCCCCACUCCCGCUCCCUGCGCGAGGAGGGCGCCGUCUUCGUGUCCUUCAAACUCGUCACCGGCGGAGAGUUCCAGGAGCAGGCGGUGACCGAGGCCCUGCUGGCCCCCGGGGAGGUCCCGGGCUGUUCGGGAACACGGAACCUGCGGGACAACCUGGCGGACCUGCGGGCACAGGUGGCGGCCAACCAGAAAGGGAUCGGGCUGGUCCGGGAGCUCAUCGGGCACCACGGGCUGGGAGCCGUGCAGGCCUACAUGGGAUACGUGCAGGCCAACGCCGAGGUGGCCGUUCGGGACAUGCUGCGGGCGGUGGCCUCGCGCUGGGGGACGACGCUCUCGGCCGAGGACACGAUGGACGACGGGACCCCCAUCCGGCUGCGGGUGCAGCUGGACCCCCACGAGGGCAGCGCCGUGUUCGAUUUCGGGGGGACGGGCCCCGAGGUUUUGGGGAACUGUAACGCCCCCCGGGCCAUCACCCUGUCGGCCCUGAUCUACUGCCUGCGCUGCCUCGUGGGGCACGACAUCCCCCUCAACCAGGGCUGCCUGGCCCCGGUGCGGGUGCUGAUUCCGGGGGCUCCAUCCUGGACCCCUCCCCGAGGCCGCCGUGGUGGGGGCAACGUGCUGACGUCACAGCGGGUGGUCGACGUGGUGCUGAGGGCGUUCGGGGUCUGCGCGGCCUCGCAGGGCUGCAUGAACAACGUGACGUUCGGCUCGAGCGGGGGGUACUACGAGACGGUGGCGGGGGCGCCGGGGCCGGGCCCCACUGGGGGUCGCAGCGGGGUCCACACGCACAUGACCAACACUCGCAUCACCGACCCCGAGAUCCUCGAGCUCCGGUACCCGGUGGUGCUGCAGCGGUUCGAGCUCCGGGGGGGCUCUGGGGGCUCCGGGCGCUUCCGGGGGGGUGACGGGGUGGUCCGGGAGCUGCUGUUCCGGAGGGCGACGGUGCUGUCGGUGCUGAGCGAGCGCCGCGCCACGCGGCCCUACGGCAUGGCCGGUGAGGGGGGGUCUCCCGGGGCCCCGGGGCUGAACCUGCUGCUGCGCCGGACGGCCGAAUCCAUCAACCUGGGGGGCAAGAGCUCGGUGUCCGUGGAGCCAGGUGACGUGUUCCGCCUCCUGACCCCCGGCGGGGGCGGCUUCGGCCCCCCCGAGGAGGGGGCUGGGGGGGAUCUCCAGGGCCCCCGGGACCCCCAGGACCUCUGGGUCCCCCCGGCCCCCCUGACCCCCCAGACCUUCGCCGAGCGUGGGAGCGUCUUCGAGUACCGGCAGGCGCAGGAGGCCGUGUGAGGGAUCCCUGCUGGGGGGCUGCCCCCCAACCCCAGCUCUGCACAGGCCACAGGGCAGCCCCUCCACCGUGGGGCAGCCCCCCUUUAGAUACGCACAGUCCACGGGGCAGCCCCCCAUAGCGCAGCCCCCCCCAGGUACGCACACCCCGUGGGGCAGCCCCCCAGCCCCGCUCUGCAUCCUCCAUGGGGCAGCCCCCCCCUUCUAGAUACGCACAGUCUAUAGGAC